AUGCUCACAACUUUCCACACAAACACGGAAUGUGAUACAUCAACACACACCGCCGCUGUUUCUCCAACAGAGUUGGAAAGUGUCAUACGUCAGAUCCCUGGUAUUGCUGAUCUCGCCGUUGUUGGAAUUCCAAAUGAGAGGUAUGGUGAAGUGCCUGUUGCCUUUGUCGUGCUUCAGCCUGGAUCCAAGGUGCAAGAAAAUGAUAUCAUCUCAUUUGUUGAGCCUAAAGUGGCACCAUACAAGAGGUUGACAGGAGGAGUGAAAUUUAUAGAGGCUAUCCCAAGAAAUGCUGGUGGCAAAGUGUUGCGUAAUGAAUUGAAAAAAAUGAUGGCAUAA